AUGAAUGCUGUCAUUAAACAUGGAGACCUGAUCCAAAAGUUGCUAGAUGACACUGAUGAAAGCCUGGAGUUCGAUUCUGUUCUUGAUCUGUGCCGUAUAUACAGGGUGCCUGAAAACAUUCGAAGAGGAAAUGAAGAACUUUACACUCCUCUGUUAAUUUCUAUUGGUCCUCUUCAUCAUGGCACACCAAAAUUGGCCGUUAUGGAAAAUAAGAAAAAACAGUAUCUGAAAAGUUGUUGUGAACGAACAAAAACAGAGAAUAUAGAUCGUAUUCUAAGUUUUAUCGAGGACAAUGAAAGAACCAUCCGUGCUUGUUAUGCGGAAGCAUCUACACUUGAGAGUCUUGAGUUUGUGAUAAUGAUCCUAUAUGAUUCUAUCUCCAUCAUAGAGCUCUUCCUUAGAGAGAGAUUUCAAGAUAGAAGUGACAUAUCACCAAAUAAAAUUUCACUAUGCAGAGACUUGCAGUUAUUCGAAAAUCAACUUCCAUACUUUGUUCUUGAGAAAAUAUACAAGUUAGCUUUUGAUGUCAGUUACAGCAAUCCUUCCUUAAUGGAGCUUUCUUGCUACUUUUUUGGGGACACAACAAGUGUGGAGCACGGUUGCUACCUUUCGAGAUUAACAGAAGGGGAGUCAGUUAAACAUUUCACGGAUUGGAAAAGAAUCACUUUGCUCAAAAGCGACCCAGGGUACGCAGAACUUCCAAAAGAAUUCUCAGGAGAACUUCCAAAAGAAUUUUCAGGAGAGCGGGUCUAUAAUUUACCUUGUGCAGUGAAGCUUCAUGAGUCAGGGGUAAAGUUUAUUCGUAAAAAAAUUGCGAAGAACAUAUUUGAUAUAAAAUUUAAAAAGCGAAAGCAGUUGAUCCCAUUUUUUAAAGUCGAUGAAUUGCAGAUACCACAACUGUCAGUAAAUAAGUGGACCCAAGGUGAAUUCGGAAACAUUAUUGCUCUCGAGCAAUGUCUUUACCCAGACAAUGCUCUAGUUUGCAACUAUGUUGAAUUGAUGGCCCAUCUUAUCAACACUAAAGAGGACGUGGAUUUGCUUGAUGAAAGAGGAAUUAUUUCCAAUCAAACGGGGGACAAUGUUUUAGUGGCAAAUAUGUUUAAGAAAUUUAAUGUACUUGCAGGACCAACGUCAUACAAUCAGGUAUGCGCCGACCUAAAACGGCACUACAACAAUCCGUGGAACAGGGUCAAGGUAAAUUUGAAAAUAGGAACUUUGAAAAGAGUGUAUUUCAACAAUCCAUGGAAAGGUGCAGCAACUGUUGCGGCAAUAAUACUCUUGCUUCUAACUGUCGUACAAACUAUAUGUUCUAUCUUACAAGUUACGUAA